AUGGAUCCAGUAAGAUCAAUAGAAGACCAGUUCUCCAAGUUGCAUCCAUCCUUGCCAGUGAACACUCGAAUUGGGAUAGUGGGGGGUGGUCCAAGUGGCUUAUCAGCUGCUUAUGCAUUAUGCAGGCUUGGUUAUAAAGACGUGACCGUGUUGGAGAAGCAUCAUACAGUUGGUGGCAUGUGUGAAUCAGUGGAAAUUGAAGGGAAAGUUUAUGACUUAGGCGGGCAAGUUCUUGCUGCAAGUAGCGCUCCUGUCAUUUUUCACUUGGUAAAAGAGACAGAGUCUGUGCUAGAAGAAAUGGAUUCCCACAAGCUUGCUGUUAUUGAGCGUUCUACAGGAAAAUAUCAAGAUAUUAACGUUGCAGAUGAUUAUGUAUCUGUGAUGUCACUUACAUUGGAGAUCCAAGAAAUGGUAAAGAAUUCUGAUCGUAUUGGGGUCCACGCUGUUACUGAACUCACUUCAGACUUAAGUCCAAAAUAUAUUGAGCGACAUGGACUCAAAUUUGUUCCUAAAUCCGUAGCCUAUGGUUACACUGCUUCAGGAUAUGGGUUUGUUCAAGAUAUGCCAUACGCAUAUCUUCAUGAAUUUACAAGAACAUCAAUGGCUGGAAAAAUUAGACGUUUUAAAGGUGGAUAUACAAGUCUUUGGCAGAAGAUUGCUGAUGCACUUCCACUGAAACUUCAUUGCAACACUGAAGUUUUGGCUGUUAGACGCAACUUUGAAGGUGUCAUUGUUAAUGUCAAGACUUUUGAUGAAGUUAAAACAAUGGAGUUUGACAAGAUUAUAAUCUCGGGAAACUUUCCAUUAAAAUAUGGAAGAACUUAUAGAUCCCCACCUUCAGCUUCCAUAGAGCAUGAAAUGGAAGUCAUGGAUGUCAGUGAUCUUGAAAGGGAUUUAUUCAGCAAAGUAGAGACAAAUGACUACUACACUACUGUUGUGAAGAUUAAAGGGCUCGAAGAUAUGCCUGUUGGAUUUUAUUAUUUUAGUGAGUUUAUGGAAGAUCCUAGCACAAUCGGAAAUCCAGUUGCGUUGCAGAAAUUCUAUGCUGACACUGAUAUAUUCUUGCUAUGGUCAUAUGGCAACUCUGAUGACAUUAAGGGACCAAUUGUCACCGAGCUUGCGAUCAAUGCAGUAGAAGCCAUCGGAGGAAAAGUUGAGAAUGUUAUUCUUCAACGUCGUUUUAAGUAUUUCCCUCAUGUUAGCAGUCAAGAUAUGAAAGAUGGUUUCUAUGACAAAUUUGAAUUAGAACUUCAAGGUUCGAGGAAUACUUACUUUGUAGGUGGACUUGUGGCAUUUGAGCUUACAGAGAGAAAUGCAUCUUAUGCUAUGGCUUUAGUCUGCAAGAACUUUGGGAAUAACAGUGAUCUGCCAGUAUUUCCUUACACGAAGACAUGUGCUUACUAG